AUGAAAGCCUCCUUGCUCAUGCCCUUUCUCCUGCUGGUGACAGCGUCUGCUCUUCAUCGGGAGAAUGACGCCCCCCUUUUGGAAAGCCUAGAGAUGGAAUCAGACUGGGACCAGGAUCUGGAUGGCUCAGGGGAGCAGGAGGAAGAGUUGGCCCUGACCGAGGAAAGGAUUCAGUCAAUGGGAGAGGAUGACCAAGAUGCCAUGGAAUCGGACCCAGCUGUCUUAGAUGAGGACUUGCAGUGCCCCAGGGAAGAGGACACAGUUCAAAUGCAGGGAGGUCCUGGGUGUAAGACCUGCCACUUCCGGUUGGUGAAGAGUCCAAAGACUUUUAAAGAAGCUGAGAAAGUCUGCAAGAAAUGCUAUAAGGGCAACCUGGUCUCCAUUCACAGCUAUAGUUCCAAUAAGCGUGUUCUCUGUCUGGCCAGUGCAGUCAACCAGGCCCAGGUCUGGAUUGGAGGCAUCCGCAAAUGCUGGUUUCUCCUCUUCAAGAAAUUCCGCUGGACAGAUGGGAGCUGCUGGAAUUUUUCCUUCUGGGCCUCAGGGCAGCCUGGGAAUGGGCAUGGCAACUGUGUGGCCCUGUGUACCAGAGGUGGCCGCUGGCAACGCAUUCAGUGCUCCAGGAGGCGGCCCUUCAUCUGCUCCUACUAG